AUGGCGACCACCUCCAUGGACUACGAGAACGCGGCUGGUGAUCGGUUUGACGAUGACGGCGCCCGCUACGACCGCGAUCGUAGCGCGUCCCCUCGUCGCGAUGAUGGCCGCGAUUCUCGCCGUCGCUCCAUGUCCCCGAACGGCAACGAUCGUGCCCCGGUUAAGAAUGAGAGCGGCUCAAAAGGUGGUGAUGAUGACGCCAUCAAUCCCGGCUCCAACCUUUUUGUUACUGGCAUCCAUCCCCGGCUGGAGGAGUCGGAGAUUACUCGCCUCUUCGAGAAGUAUGGCGAGGUUGAGAAGUGCCAGAUCAUGAAGGACCCACACUCCGGCGAGUCGCGCGGUUUCGGCUUUGUCAAGAUGGUUACACCCGAGCAAGCUGAUGCUGCCAUGGAGGGUCUGCGUGGUGAAAUCAUUGAAGGCCGCACUCUGAACAUUGAGAAGGCGCGCCGUGCCCGCCCCCGGACCCCGACUCCGGGCAAGUACUUUGGUCCUCCCAAGCGUGAACCCCGUGGUCGUUUCGAUGACCGUCGCCGCGGCGGAUACGGCGGCUAUGGAGGCGGCUAUGGCCGUGAUGACUCGUACCGUGGCGGCUCUAGGGGUGGCUACCGCGAGGACCGCGGUUACGAUCGCGGCUAUGACCGUGGCUAUGACCGUGGCUAUGGCGGCGGCGGACGCGACUACCGUGACGACCGUGGUUACAGCCGUGAGUAUCGGGAGGACCGUGGCUACGAUCGUCGUGAGCGGGAUGACACCUAUGGUGGUAGUCGCGUUGAUCGUUACGCCGGCCGUGAAGACCGGGACCGCUAUGGUGGAGGCCGUGGUGGUCCGGAUGAGCGCCGUGGCCCUAGCUACGACCGCGGCGACCGUUAUGACCGUCCCACCGACCGCGAUUCUCGCCCUCGUGACUCGGCUCCAGGCAGUGCUGGUGCGUACGCUGACCCGGCCCCGCGUGGUGAUGCCCGCGAGCCUUACGGCGGCCGCUAA